GGUGACGUCAUUAGUGAUAGUGGCGGGUUUUCGUGGAGAGUAGGAGUACAUGUAGUUUUCAGUAAAUUUUUUACGAUAGAAUCUGGAUAUUACCAGCGCUUAAGAAUCAAUCAGGGGGUUUUGUUAAAUUUUUUCACGUUAUAGCAUACGUGGGAUAGAAUGGCAGGCAUUCCACCAGCAUCCUGGCAACCUCCAUUUGUCGUAAUGGAAACAUCGAUGGGCGGGAUGGUGGUAGAACUGUACUGGCACCACGCUCCGAACACCUGUCGUAACUUUGCGGAGCUCGCACGCCGAGGUUAUUACGGCAACACCAAGUUCCAUCGCAUCAUCACUGACUUCAUGGUGCAGGCCGGAGAUCCGACCGCCACAGGUAGAGGUGGCGCCUCCAUCUAUGGCAAGGUGUUUGCGGACGAGAUUCAUCCGGCGCUGAAGCAUACUGGUGCCGGAAUACUGUCGAUGGCCAACUCAGGACCCAACACCAACGGCAGCCAGUUCUUCAUCACGCUAGCUCCCACACAGUGGCUGGAUGGCAAGCACGCGAUAUUCGGACGCAUCAGUCAGGGCAUAGGCGUGCUAAACAAGAUGGGGCUGGUGGAGACGGAUCAGGGAGACCGUCCCCUGGAAGACAUCGUCAUCGUCAGAGCGUACCCGCAGGAUUGAGAAAGCCGACUGGAUCGCUACAUCAUGCGUCGUCGGAGCCGGGACCACCGUUUCUCCACGCGUGACCGAGUCGUUGCUUGUGUCAAAUGUCAGUUUGGAAAUCGCGCGAAAGUCAUAUGUGUCAUUUACAUCUUAAUCGGAAACGUCCGUGUCCAAAUUUUUUUAAAUAAAUUUUUUUUACACGAUAAAGAUUUAGGAACAAUACUGACAUGUGUGUUAGUACUCUGUAUGUACCUGUUACAGUGAGCUUUUCAUAUUACAACAGGCCUCGGAGGUGUCAAUACAGAAUUCUUAAUCUAGCAUAUGGAAACCAUUUUUGAAUAAGAUUUUAGUAGGGCACGAAUCCUAAUUUGAGCAUUUGUUGUGUAAGAAACGCAACCGUAUAUGCAUGUGCGCACAGUAUGAUUAUGCACGCACGCACGCACGCACGCACGCACGCACACACACGUACAUAUAUAUAAACAGUGUGAUAAUAAGAAAUAUAGUGGAAUCUUACCUGAUAACCACAUUAUAUUGAUAUUGAUAUACAGAUAAAUUUUAUUUUUAAAAAGUACGUUUUUUUAAGAGAAAUAAUUUGUUUGACAUUAAAAGAUGGCAAACGAUGAAAACGGUAA